ACAGGCUCCAGCGACCGGGUCCGCUCUCCGCCUCCGCCGCGCCCUCCUCGCCCGGGAUGGGCCCUCCCGCGGCCGCCGGAGUCCUUCCCUCCCGGCCGCCUCCGCAGCGCUCAUCCUGAAGCCGGGUCGCGGCACCCGGGCUCAGCCCGCAGCCCCAGCCCGCGGGCCGCGCCACACCGCGGUAGAGCGCUCGCGAUGCUGCCGCCGGUGCCCUCCCGCCUCGGGCUGCUGCUGCUGCUGCUCCUGUGUCCGGCGCACGUCGGAGGCCUGUGGUGGGCCGUGGGCAGCCCCUUAGUCAUGGACCCUACCAGUAUCUGCAGAAAGGCCCGGAGGCUGGCAGGACGGCAGGCUGAGUUGUGCCAGGCAGAGCCGGAAGUGGUGGCAGAGCUAGCCCGGGGAGCGCGGCUCGGGGUGCGAGAAUGCCAGUUCCAGUUCCGCUUUCGUCGCUGGAACUGCUCCAGCCACAGCAAGGCCUUUGGGCGCAUCCUGCAGCAGGACAUCAGAGAGACAGCCUUCGUGUUUGCAAUCACUGCAGCUGGCGCCAGCCACGCUGUCACGCAGGCCUGUUCCAUGGGCGAGCUUCUGCAGUGCGGUUGCCAAGCACCACGCGGGCGGGCACCCCCUAGGCCCUCCGGUCUGCUGGGCACCCCAGGACCCCCAGGCCCAGCAGGCUCCCCAGACGCCAGCGCUGCUUGGGAAUGGGGAGGCUGCGGCGACGACGUGGACUUCGGGGACGAGAAAUCAAGGCUCUUUAUGGAUGCGCAGCACAAGCGCGGACGCGGAGACAUCCGUGCGUUGGUGCAAUUGCACAACAAUGAGGCAGGCAGGCUGGCGGUGCGGAGCCACACACGCACAGAAUGCAAGUGCCAUGGGCUUUCGGGUUCGUGCGCGCUGCGCACCUGCUGGCAGAAGCUGCCCCCGUUCCGAGAGGUGGGGGCGCGGCUGCUGGAGCGCUUCCACGGCGCCUCGCGUGUCAUGGGCACUAACGACGGCAAAGCCCUGCUGCCCGCGGUCCGCACGCUCAAGCCGCCGGGCCGAGCUGAUCUCCUUUAUGCCGCUGACUCGCCGGACUUCUGCGCCCCUAAUAGGCGCACCGGCUCUCCUGGCACCCGUGGCCGAGCCUGCAACAGCAGUGCCCCGGACCUCAGCGGCUGCGACCUGUUGUGCUGCGGUCGUGGACACCGCCAGGAGAGCGUACAGCUCGAGGAGAAUUGCCUGUGCCGCUUCCACUGGUGCUGUGUGGUGCAGUGCCACCGCUGCCGGGUGCGCAAGGAGCUCAGUCUGUGCCUCUGACCAGCAGCCAGUCUCUCCAAAGUGCACACAGCCAACUCUUAGCAUAUGCAGGACCACUAGAUUCCAGCAGAGGGCGCUCCCUGGACCCAGCUGCUCCCUGGGAAAACCCACCUCCCUGGCCUUGAGAAACAGUGGGACCUGGAAUUUGGAGUUUACAUCUGCCCACGAAGGCUCUGGGAUCCCCUGGUGUCUCCUAGAAGGAGACUGCUACGCAAAAUCUCCCUCCCCUUGAUCCCCUAGAUGAAAACCAAAAAGCCAGACUCUAAUCUCUGGAGAUGGGACUCCUCAGAAUUGCUGGCCAUGGGAUGGGUAGGUGAGUUUAGUAUUAAUAAAGAUAUUUAAACCAA